AUGGCGAUGAAGCGCAAGCUGUCUCCCGCAGGGUCUGACUUCGCCUCCGACAAUCUCCACCACCACCACCACGACACCACCGGCCUCACGUCAGUUGCACGGCCGGAAUCAUGGGCGGAGACGGUCGGCGCCGUGGCGGCAGUGCAGCGUGGCCGGAAGCGCUUCGUGGGCGUGCGGCAGCGACCGUCUGGGCGGUGGGUGGCGGAGAUCAAGGACACCAUCCAGAAGAUCCGGGUGUGGCUCGGCACCUUCGACACCGCCGAGGAGGCCGCGCGAGCCUACGACGAGGCCGCCUGCCUCCUCCGCGGCGCCAACACCCGCACCAACUUCUGGCCACGCACCGCCGCCGUGGAGGCUACAUCCGCCGCGGAUACCGGGGCAAGCCACCACCACCACGCGCCGCCGGAGCCAUCGGCUCUCCCCUCCAAGGUCACCAACCUCCUACUCCUACGCCUCAAGCGAGCGCGCACCAUCUGCCACGACGACUACCUCGGUGCAAUCGCCGGUGCACAGAGCGCACUGGUGCAAGAGCAAGAAGGGUACGGCGUCGGCGGCCAAGAGGAGUGCGGCUUCCAAGUGGACGACUUCUUCAGGAGCGAGGACUCUGUCGGCGACGAGCAUGACCAUGGCGUCGUGAAACACGAGGAGGACUCGAACUGCUCACAGGACGCCGACGAUGACGACGAAGAGGAGGCGCCCCUGGACUUCGGAUUCAUGGACGCGCCCCCAUUAUCUCCGGGGGACGUGAACGACGCCGGGCUCUUCUCACCGUUCGAGAUGAUGGCGUCGGAGAUCGGCGGCGCCGAGGCAGACAACGAGACAGACGUAACGGAGUACGACUGCGCCAGCGAGCACUCGGCGGCGAUCCACGAGGCGAUGAGGAGGAUGAAGUACGAGCGGAAGAUCUCCGCCUCGCUCUACGCGCUCAGCGGCGUGUCGGAGUGCCUGCGCAUGCGCCUGAGCAACACCGACGGUCAUGCCGGAGCCGGACACGGGCUGGCGCUGUCCGGCCUGAGGGACGCGUGCAUGAAGAAAAAGCAACAAAGCCAAGAAUCUAAGGGCGGGGUGCAUGAGGAGAGUUCAGGCAGCAACAGCUUCUCGUCGUCGGACGUGGCGAGCUCUUCGCCGGAGGCCGGGAUCUCGUCGCCGAACGCGGUCGACAGCGACGUGCUGCUGUGGAGCUCCCUUGACCUGGCUCCCAUCUGCCACAUGUCAUAA